AUGUCUUCCCGUGGUUCUAGAUCUCGUCCUCGGCAAAACGAAGGGGGAGGCCUCAAUAACUUCCGAGUCCUAGAUCAAUCACGUCCAAACCCAGUAGACACGCCCGAUCUUCCACAAUCAUCAAGAACCUUCCGCGUAUCAGCAUUUGUGUUUCACAUGGGAAUGUCUAUGCUUGAAUCUCGGCGGGGAAGUGAGGCUCUAGUCACCCUAAUCUCGGAUGCCUGGCGUGCGUCAGAUCGCCGAGCCAGGAAGACAUUCGUUCCCCAGGGCAACCUACAAACAGACCUAAGUGAGGCACGGCAGUUUGUCAAUACCUUUCUGUCUAAGUGUCGCGCCGAGCCACCAAACAUUAUCAUCAGCGAUAGAAUUACUGGUGAGGGUUUAGCUCAGAGGCUCGACUGGCCCAGCAUGUUAGGUGCAAAAAUCAGCGACUACAACCCUAAAUGGGCUGCACUGUUUCGGAUCAACAAAACUGUCGUCGAUAGUGCCGUGGUAGCAGCCGAAGCACGAGAUUUGGGGUCACUACAGAAAAUCCUGUUCUUACUGAGCAUUUCGGUCGCUCAUGAGCUUGUACACAUGCUUAUGGGAUUCAUGUUUGGAGAUGCAGCAAGACUAACCCCACCAGUCAUAAAUCAUCCUCCUGGCACUCCUCAAAGUCCAAGAGCAGGUGAAUCAGGCCGGUAUUGGGAGGCUAAAUUCUUUGGGUGCAUAGUUGAAGCCCACUACGACCCUCGGGAUCGCCGAGGAAAAGAUCAACCAGGAAUUUUCUACGGCACAUUGGAUGGAUGGCGAGGCUUCCCACUUCCUGAUGAUAUUAUCAAACGAUAUCUCCAACUUGAUUUUGACAUGCAGAUCUUCCAUCCCAAUACUGCGACGUCUCGCAUCAGCACUUCCGCUGUCGCGAUGCAAGAUGUUCGACGGCCAUCUACAUCACCUGAUUUUGGCGGUGAACUGACACCCUACUUUGACAUGAUCAAUUCUCUAGACCGGCACAGGGUCAGUAGAGACGGACUCGAGAGCAUCAUGCGUAUGGCAACUCGCCCUGAAUUCGUCCGGCCAGUGACUGUACGGAAUUAG